AUGUCCAGCUUUGACUACAACAACAAUUCCCAUCGUCGCUACAACCCCUUGACCAAGUCAUGGGUGCUCUGCUCUCCUCACCGUACUCAAAGACCUUGGCAGGGACAGCAAGAAGGUGCUGACAUGGAACAAAGACCUCAAUAUGACCCCAAGUGCUACCUCUGUCCUGGAAAUGAACGUGCUAGUGGCGAAUCCAAUCCCAAGUAUGACUCUACUUUCCGUUUUCCUAAUGACUAUGCUGCUGUCAAGGCCGACCAGCCCGAUCUCGAAGCGAAUGAUGAUGAUUUGAUCAAGGUCGAAGGUGUCCGUGGUGAGUGCCACGUUAUCUGCUUUUCCCCUCGUCAUGACUUGACGUUGGCCGAGAUGCCUGUGGAAGAUAUCAAGAAGGUUGUGGAUAUUUGGACUGAGAGUUAUUUGGAGAUGAAGGAGAAGGAGUUUGUCAAUCAUGUUCAGAUUUUCGAGAAUAAGGGCGCUGCUAUGGGCUGUUCUAAUCCUCAUCCUCAUGGUCAAAUGUGGUGCACUGAGCGUAUUCCUGAGGAACCUAGUAAGGAGUUGGUUGCUUUGAAAGAUUAUAAAGAGAAGCAUAAUGGUAAGUGCUUGCUGUGUGAUUACGCUCAACGUGAGAUGGCCGACCCUGAGCGCAAGCGUACCGUCUUUGAGAAUGACACCUUCUUGGUGGUUGUUCCCUUCUGGGCUGUCUGGCCUUUCGAGGUGAUGGUUCUACCCAAGAUCCAUCUUGGCUCUUUACCCGAAUUGGAUGACAAGCAAAAGACUGAUCUCGCUGAUGCCGUCCGUCGUGUCACAUGCCGCUAUGACAACUUGUUCAAGACCAGUUUCCCUUACUCUAUGGGUAUUCAUCAAAAGCCCUUGAACGGCGAAUACGACUAUGCUCAUCUCCACCUUCAUUACUACCCUCCUCUCCUUAGAAGCGCUACUGUCCGCAAGUUCCUUGUUGGUUUCGAGAUGCUGGGUGAGCCUCAACGUGAUUUGACACCUGAACAAGCUGCUGCUCGUCUUAGAGAACUUUCUGAAGUUCAUUAUAAAACUCAAGCCAACAACUAA